UGCCGCCCGUGACGUCACUUCCGGAAGGUGGUUCCCAGCGCUGCUCGGGUACUUCCGGGAGCCGGAGCCGGAGCCAAGGGUCACUAUGAGUUGGAUUCCGUUCAAGAUUGGGCAGCCGAAGAAACAGAUUGUACCCAAGACAGUUGAGAGAGAUUUUGAACGGGAGUAUGGAAAGCUUCAGCAGCUGGAAGAUCAGACAAAGAAGCUUCAAAAAGAUAUGAAGAAAAGCACAGAUGCAGACCUAGCAAUGUCAAAGUCCUCUGUGAAAAUCUCAUCUGACUUACUGUCCAACCCACUCUGUGAGCAAGACCCUGCGUUCCUUGAGAUGGUGAUGGCACUGGACACAGCAAUGAAGAGAAUGGAUUCUUUCAACCAAGAAAAGGUGAACCAAAUCCAAAAGACAGUCAUAGAGCCUUUAAAAAAAUUUAGCAGUGUUUUCCCCAGCCUGAAUAUGGCAGUGAAGCGCCGUGAACAAGCCUUGCAGGAUUACAAGCGACUGCAAUCCAAGGUGGAAAAAUAUGAAGAGAAGGAGAAGACAGGGCCCAUCCUAACCAAGCUCCACCAGGCACGGGAAGAACUGAGACCAGUGAAGGAGGACUUUGAGGCCAAAAACAAGCAGCUUCUGGAAGAGAUGCCCAAAUUCUACAGCAGCCGGAUUGAUUACUUCAAGCCAAGUUUUGAAUCUCUAAUCCGGGCUCAGGUUGUGUACUACACUGAAAUGUACAAAAUCUUUGGCGACCUAACAGAACAGAUUGAUGAGCCUGGCGUGACAGAUGAGCAGCGGGAGAAGGAGAAUGAAGCCAAGCUGAAUGAACUGAGGGCCCUUUCCAUUGUGGCUGAUGACUGACCUGUACCCCAGAAAAUCAACAAGCUGCUGAAGGUGUGGAAAUCUCCUUUUGUUUCCAACCUUCUAAAGACUUGAUCCUCUGACUCUGAAUCUUUUGCAGAGAUGCUAUUCCACAGGAGUCAAUCUACAACAGCCCUCCAGAGACUGAAUGUCUAUAUCAAAGUCAACAUGGCUGGUUCCUCAUCACCCCCAUUUGUGGCUCUGGCUCUUGAAGCCUCCCCCAGAAACACUGGAAAUGAGCAAGACGUUAUCAUUCUCAAGCUACUAAUCAAUGCUGCUUCCCUUCACAAUGUAUUGACCAAGGUGCGUUUCUCAACUUUGUAUGUAUGGUGGUGGUGGGGAAUCUCUACUUACAGGGGAGCAGGUUUCCUGGUAGUUAGUCACAAUUAAGCCUCUGUGCCUGUUAAGAGACAUUUUGUUAUGACCUGGAAACAUAGUCAAAUAUAUAUGUCUCCAUGAAAACAAAGUUGUCUAAAAGUAGGGACACCGUUUUGUAACAGAAGUGCUGUUGUGUGCUUUCAAGUUGUUUCUGACUUAUGGCAUCCCUAAGACAAACAUAUAUUGGGAGUUUCUUAGCAAGAUUUGUUCAGAGGGGGUUUGCCUUUAUCUUCCUCUGAGACUGAGAGAAUG